AUGAGCCUCGCUCUGGUCCGACUGCAAUAUCGUUCGACGAAUCUGACGGAGCAGCAUCCACAUGAAGGUGUGCGGUAUUUCGCUGCCAGUCUUGGCUGUUCGCUGACCACCGUGAGCAAUGGACUGCGAUCUCUCGGAAUGGUAAAAAGCUCGGUCAGUGACUUCCACAGAGCGACGGCAACCGCCAAAGACGCCUGGACAUCUGCACUCGGCUGCUCUCCAGAAGCCGCAGAUUUGACUGGCUGGACACCAUUGUCACUGGAGAUGAAAAAUGAAUCCUUUCGUGAAAGCCCGGAUCUGGCCCCGAGCGACUACCAUCUCUUCCGAUCGCUUCAGCAUUACCUGGAAGAGAAGCGCUACGAUGACCACCUCGAAAAUGACCUUCGAGCUUUCUUCGCCUACAAGUCGCCGGAGUUCUACGCCAAAGGAAUCCGUGAUCUUAGACGCCCGUCACGGGCAACAGAACGCAGUUCACGUCGUCUCAGUUCACUUCAUUCUGCUGUUCCCGACGAAUUUUACACAUUCGCAUUUACACAUCCGUUCCAUCCACAGAGCAACGGACAAGCAGAACGCUUUGUGGACACCUUUAAAAGAGGACUUGCCAAGCUGAAGAGGGAGGAACCAACAGUGGACGCACUACAGACGUUUCUGAUGGCAUGUCGCUCCACUCUCUGUUCAUCUGCACCUGACCAGCGUUCUCCUGCCGAAGCCUUCCUGGGACGCCGACAGCGAACUUAA